UUUUUGGUUUUAAAAGUGGUCCCCUUUUUGUUUCAUCCAUACUGGAAAUGAGUACACCAGAAUCCAAUUCCGCCGCCGCCGCCGCAAUGGCGGCCCUCAAACGCCCGAACAAACUCAGCGACUCCAAUUCCCCACCAGAUAACAAAAGGUUGAAAACGGCGGAAGAAUCUGAGACCCAGACUACCACCAUCGCGGCGUCGAGUACAACCAAGGCUUUAUUCGCGUUGGAGGCCGAUGCAGCUGAAGAUAAAGGGUUACGCCACUCCAUGGAAGAUGCUUGGGUGGUACUUCAAGACGCCACGUCGGGUUCCCCUGGAAAUUUGAGAUGUGCGCAUUUUGCAAUUUAUGACGGGCAUGGAGGCCGGCUAGCUGCAGAGUAUGCCCAGAAGCAUUUGCACGAGAGUGUGCUUUCAGCAGGCUUACCACGUGAGUUGCUGGAUGUUAAGACUGCGAAGAAGGCUAUACUUAAUGGUUUCAGGAAAACAGAUGAGGCUCUACUUCAGGAAAGUGCUACAGGGGGAUGGCAAGAUGGUGCUACAGCUGUAUGUGUUUGGGUAUUGGGACAAACGGUGUUUGUUGCUAAUAUUGGUGAUGCAAAGGCGGUGGUAGCAAGAUCAUCUGUUGUAGAUAGCUCACAGAGUUGUUUGGAUGGAUCAAAUCCACUAAAGGCUAUUGUUUUGACUCGAGAACACAAAGCCAUAUAUCCACAAGAGAGAGCACGGAUUCAGAAGGCUGGUGGAUCUAUCGGUUCAAACGGACGAUUGCAAGGGCGUCUUGUAGUUUCUAGAGCCUUUGGAGAUAGGCAAUUCAAGAAGGUGGGUGUCAUCGCAAUUCCUGAUGUCCAUUCGUUUGACCUUACAGAGAGAGACCACUUCAUGAUUCUUGGCUGCGAUGGCUUGUGGGGGGUCUUUGGACCAAGUGAUGCUGUUGACUUUGUUCAAAAGCUGUUAAAGGAAGGUUUACCAGUUACAGCCGUGAGUCGCCGGCUUGUCCGAGAAGCUGUCCGGGAACGCUUGUGCAAAGAUAACUGCACUGCAAUUAUCAUUGUUUUCAGACAGUCAUAGGGAACCAGCUUGAUUUUGGGCAUCAAUGGCCAAGAUCAAUGAAAUGUCUAUCUGUUUUUAAAAUUUCUGUGUUAUCGAAAGUGUGGUAUAACUGCUUGAUGCAGUUGAAAUAGGGAGCUCGAGUUUGAUGUGCUCAAGAUAUCUUUUGGCCUAACUCUAUUGGUUGUGAACUCUCAAUUUUCAGGUUUUCGGGGAUUUUUCAGUGUUGACUUUCUGUGAAAAUGGUUUCACGUGUUAGGAUUGAAUCAGUGAAAAGUAUAGAUGGACCAAAUCUUCAAAAAGGAAAAUUAAUCUGAAGAAGUAUAAUAGUAGUCACUAAAUGUGCUUUCCCUUUUCUCUA